UUAAACAUAUUAAAAAAACAGUAUUCUUGUCUUGCCCUUACGUCAAACGAAAGUGUCAUUCCUCUUAAAGUUUCCCUUUUCCUUCCCUCUUCAGCGCCCCCUGCCACCACCUCCCCCCCGGCGUCAGGAGCUGGCCCUCUGCUCGACGCCUUCAACUCCAGAGGCGACGCAGAAGUGCCUUCUUGCCCCGAGAACUGCAACAGGAAGUACGAGCCCGUGUGCGGCACGGACGGAGAGACGUACAAUAACGAGUGCAUUCUCAACAUUGCAAUUUGCAAGGCCCAGGCGAGAGGCGUGGAAAUUCAGAAGGCUUAUAAUGGCGUCUGCAACACAGCAACCUCCGUCCGCACCCGCCCCGAACAGCAACAAGAGGAGGACUACGGAGCCUUCGCCACCCAGGACGACGCCUCCGACUGCCCCGAAGUGUGUGAUGACUCCUUCGCCCCCGUCUGCGGCACCGACUCCGUCACCUACGACAACCUGUGUUCGCUGAAGCAGUCCUCGUGCCUGACGAGGUCGGCCGGGGGAGGAGCAGCGCUGGUGACGAGGGCCUUCGAAGGACCGUGUGUGGCUGCUCUCCCUCGCGGUCCCGUUUGCAAGGAGGAGUGUGACAAAACGUUCCUCCCUGUCUGUGGUAGCGACGGCGAGACGUACAAUAACAUCUGCCUCCUGAACCUCGCCGACUGUCUCAAUCCCUUCAUUACGAUUUCUUUCGUUAGGAGUGGAGCUUGUUCAGACGGAGACGAUGACUCAUCUGCAGAUUCGGACGAGUUCGUGGGUCUUCUGGCAGGCACCUUCCCCGACGCCGGUCCUCCUCCUCCUGGCUCCUCCUCCUCCUCCUCCUCCUCCGCUGACCUGACCUCGUCUGAACUCACACCCCAUGGAGGUUACUUACCACCUGUGUGAUCCGUUGUAUUUUUUUUUAUUUUUUUUUAUUGCGUUAAUCUAGGGUGUGGUAGUGAGAGGAAGAGAAAGGGGAGGGAAAAAAAUAUAGGCGUAUAUAGUUGAAUUCGAUGAUGACUGUAGAAAUAGAAUAUCGAAAAACUGUGAUUGAUUGAUGGAUUUUUUAGAUUUAUAUAUGGUUUGAAUAAAAUUUUGAGUAAAAGGC